AGUCCAUUUUUGAGCUUCAAUCAUUCGCGGGCACUUUGUUGUUGUUGGUCCAACCAGUUGGGCGGUGCGCUUAAUAUUCGUGUAUUCUUCUUAAAAAUAGUAGUGAACCUUCUGUGAAGCCAAAUUAAGUGGGCAGAAGAGUAAGGAACUCGCGGGUUCCCGAAUUGAAAACCUAUUUUCCGGUGCAAUUUUCUUGGCCCUGAGACUCACUUUCGGACGCUGCGUAGAUCGGUUUCUUUUUUUUUUUGCUCAUCAUCAACGAAGUGACGUCAAACGGGAAAUAUACAAACGACUCUUUGUGUUUUCCGCGUGUCCGUGUGCUUUUGUUUGUUUGUUUUUUCUGUGAGUGUAACAGGCACUAAACAGGGAACCUUUUGGGCGAAAACAACUUCGAGCUAUGCGAGUAUCGCUGAUGAAACCUGUGGACAUUGUGACGCAAGUAGAACUUCGAGUGACAGAAGCCCCGAAACAGCAAUCAAUUCGGCGACCGCCAGCCUAAAAGCAAGGAGCAGCUGCAACAGCCGGCGACGAAGGUGCAACACGGAGACAGCAGCAGCAGCAGCAGCAUGUUGCUGGCGGCGACCGCUGCAAAGGAACUCACGCUGGCGCCCUCUGGUGCAGCAACCAAGCGAAAGACGGAUUACGAGCAGCACGAGCAGCGCAAGCAUCACAGGAGCAACAUUAUCUGCUGCAGCAGAAACAACAGCAACAACAGCAACAGCAGCAACAACAGCGGCUACAGUCGGCAACUGCAACAGCACAGGCAGCAGGGCAAGAUGUAUUACAAUUCCAAUUCACGACCUUCUUGGGUGAGAUUCCGAUCCACGGCCACUAACAGCGAUGUCUACAAUGUAGCAACAGCAGCAACAGCAGCACCAGCAGCAACAACAAUAACAGCAACAGCAACAGCAACAGCAGCAGCAGCAACAUAUGACAAAAUGCAGCGUUGCAACCAGAACAGCGGCAAUAGCAACAGCAACACGACCAGCAACUCCAACAACAGCAGCAGCAGCAGCAGCAACAAGCGCUGCCCUCAGAAGUACAACGGCAACAACCUAGCACCCGGCAGUGGCAUGGUGGGCUACCAGCAACAUGCAACAGCAACAUUGCAGCACGGCGGCAAGCACUCCGCUCGCAAGAGUCGCUACAACAGCAACAAGCAGCAGCAGCAGCAGCAACACCAGCAACACCAGCAACAGCAGCAACAGCAACAUCAGCAAUCAGCCGGCUUCGGGAAUAUCCAGAAGCGAAAUGGAAUCGCCGGAAUGGGCGGAAGUGAGAUCUCCCCCUCGCCACCCACUUCUACCUGGCUGGAGCGGGGCUACGGACAUCGGUUGGCCAAUUCUUCAUGCAUGGAAGACAAAUUCCUGGGCCAGCACAAUCCCAGCCACCGCAACAGCACCAGCAGCGAGGCGACCAGCGAGGACAUCGACUCCAGCAGGGAGCACCUGAACAAGCCGAAGGGUUCCUCCGGCGGCGGCAGUUGCAGCAACCACGUUUCCGGCGGUGGCAAGAGCCGCUCCAAGCGGCAGCAGAAGUCCGCCAGCCAGCAGCUGCGCAGCUCCGAGCAGAGUGGCCAGAUCAGCCAGAAUGGGCAGAAGCCGGGCGGAGCAGCUGCCUCGAAGGGCAAGCAGUCCAGCGGCAAGUGGCGCCAGCAGCAACAGCAGCAGCAGUCCAAUCCGCAGCAGCAGCAGUCCCAUCCGCAGCAGCAGAAGCGCGGCAGCAACAAGAAGAGCGGCAAGUGCAGUGGCAGCAUCAACAGCAGCAACCUCGGCAAUCCUGGCGGCAACACGGCGAAGCACGGCGGCAACGGCGAGCGGAAGUCCUGCGACAGCAGCUCCUCCUCCUCCUCCUCCUCCUCGGCGCUCAGUUCGCCCACCAGCUCGCCGACGAGCUCCCCGCACGCAGUUGCGAGCCGGAAGCGGAUGGAGCGCUCCCUGCUGCCGGGGGCAGCCACUUUGGAGUGGCGCCGCGAGCGGGAGCGCGGGCGGCAGAACACAAACUUUGAGGUGCCGCCGCUGCGGCAGUACGAGCAGCUGGACCUGGACGACGCGACGGUGGUGCAGCAGCUGCGGCGACACGUGAUCGACCACCACCUGCUGCGGGUGUACGGGUUCCCCGUGGAGUCCGUGGUGCACGAGGGCGCCAUUGAGAUCUUCAAGUGCAUGCCGCACAUGAGCUUCGCGGCCGCGCUGGCCGAGACUGCUCCGGCGGUGACCGUGAUCAACUGCCACGACGGGCUGUCCAACCGCGCCCAGGAGGAGGAGGUGGCCACCUCCAGCGACUCCGGCAACAGCUCGCCCCGCUCAAUGGACUCCGAGUCGGGCGGCGAGUGGAGCGGCAGUGAGUGCGAAUCCAGCUCCUCCUCCUCCUCCUCCAGCUCCUCCUCCUCGUCAUCCUCAUCCUCUGGGGAUGCAGACGCCGAGCUGUACUGCCAGUUCGUCCAGGUGGAGCGCAGCCUGGCCAAGCCCUGCGCCCGCUGCAAGCGCCACUUCCUGGUGGACGAGCUGACGGGCCAGUACCUGUCGCGCGAGGAGUGCCACUACCACUCGGGCAAGUACCAGCGCUACUACGACGGCGUCUCCCACGGCCGCUGGACCUGCUGCAACGGCGGCGAGGAGGGCUCGCCGGGCUGCUGCCUGGGCGACCGGCACGUCUGGACCGGAUCGGUGGUGGGGGUGAAUGGGCCCUACUACGACUUCGUGCGCACCCAGCCGCGUCCCUCCCGCGCCUCCUCCUCCUCCUCCUCCGCCUCCGCCAACGCCUGCGACUCCGACUCCGAUGGCAACUGCAACUCCAAGUCCAAGUGCAGACCGAAUACAGAGCCAGCUGUGUACGCGCUCGACUGCGAGAUGAGCUACACGGGCCGCGGCCUGGACGUGACCAAGGUCUCGCUGGUGGCCCUCAACGGGCAGCUGGUGUACGAGCACUUCGUGCGGCCGGAGUGCGACAUCGUGGACUACAACACCCGCUACUCGGGCAUCACGGAGCGGGAUCUGCGCGGCGCCGGCGCGAAGACCCUGGCCGAGGUGCAGCGCGACCUGCUCGGACUGAUCGCCGCGGACACGAUCCUCAUCGGGCACGGACUGGACAACGACCUGCGGGCGCUGCGGCUGGUGCACAACACCCUGGUGGACACCUCGAUCAGCUUCCCCCACUGCAGCGGCUUCCCCUACCGGCGCGCGCUGCGCCACCUGACCAAGGUGCACCUCAAGCGGGAGAUCCAGAGCGGCGACGGCACGACGGGCCACAGCAGCUUCGAGGACUCGCGGGCCUGCAUGGAGCUGAUGCUCUGGCGGAUCAACCGCGAGCUGGACCCCACAUGGAGCUGGGAGGACUGAGCACUGCAAGCAGCGGGCAACUGGACACACACGGGAUAGUGGGAAAGUGGGGGAAUCCGGGGGAAGGGGGGUGGCCAGCAAGUACUUUUAGUCGUUAAGAGCCAGUUAGUAGGAUCUAGGAGCCUAGGAACCUAGUUUGAACCACUGUAUUCAGCAACACAAAACAAUCUCUAAAUCUCAGCUGCGUCGCCCACCUGGCAAUCGGUUUCUAUGCGCGGAACGGGGUGCAUCCGUUCCGGGAGCACCCGGCGCAUCCGGGCAAUAGGAGCCCAUUGCCAGGUGCUGGCUCAGCGAAUACAUCGACACACCGAGUAGACCGCACAAUUCAAAUGACAAGAGGGCAUCGCAAGAAGGCACGCAAAAUGCUAAAUGCUAAAUGCUAAAUGCUAAAUGCUAAAUGCAAAAAGGAGGAAAAGAGGAUGAUCGAUCAUACACACAUAUAUUUAUAUGCGACACAUAAGGUACAUUUUGUAAGCGUAUAUUUAUAGUGAAAAAUAGAACUUUAACCUACAUAUGUAUAUACGCAUACGGUUUUUUUUUUUUCUUAUUAAUUUCGAACCACGAGAAAAUGUACUGAAGUUUAAGCUGUGAUGUUUUUUUCACUUUCUCACAUAUUUACACGAAAAAUGAAAAGUAAAAGCAAAACAAAAACAAAAAUAACAGAAAAAUACAAAAAAUAUAUACAUGCAUCCAUUACUUGUUUAAGUAGCACCGAAGAAAGGCAAUCCAAAUACUUUUUAAUUUUGACCAAAACUUUCAACUAAAAUCACUCCAUUUAUCAUAAUUAACCUUAGGAUUCGUUUUGAUUACUUUCCAUUCUUUUCUUUACUUUUAUUUUUUUUUCUUUGUUUUUUUUCCUCAAACUCUUUUUUAUUAUUUCACUAAUAAUGCAUCUCACAUACAAACGGGAAACGAAGAUAAAGUAAAGUUUAACUUUAACUACAUUAUACACUAUGCAUAAACGUAAGUUAGGUUAAUCCUAUCAAUCAGUUUCUUUCCAAACGUUUUGACUAUUUAUUUAACGAUUCACGCGAUAAGUUCAUUGAAAAUUUCUUCAAGUGUACAAUUUUUCACAUUGAACUCCAUUUUAGGCUAAGAGAUAUCUUUGAUUUCUCUCGAGAAACUAUCGACGAUUAACCAUUGUUCCUUGAUUGAUUGUUUUCUAAAACCAGUCAAGGAAUACUUUAUUCGAAAAUCGAUGUUCCUAGCAGCAUAAGUUUCAGCACAAAUACACUGCAAUUAGCGGCUGUUUUUAUUUUUUAUAUAAAACAGAAAGAAGAAGCACAACGAUAAAACUGAAAGAGAAUAAAAUAAACAAUGAUUUGUUUUGCAACUAAAAAUCACCCGAAA